AGCUAGGCAUAGGGCCUCGCGCUGCCAUUUGCCAUCCAGUCCAGUCCCGCGGGCACGGGCACCACCACUAUUACUAGCUCCCGACGCGUCGCCGCCGACCGCAUAACCACCGGCGAGGCCGCGCCCUCCCCUUCUCCAUCCCGGCCGGAUCCUCUACCCGCCGUGCGCCCUCUGUGGGUCCAGUGGGGUGCAGAGAUCCGUUCGCGCGAGGUCUGGUCCCUUCUUGGGUUGGGGGGUCUUCUUCUCCACCGGGCGAGAUCGGCACUGGCUGGCAUUGACUAGAGCACUCCAUGGCGCCUGAUUUGGGUGCGCCAUGGCCCAGCCGAGGUCUGCUUCUGGGAAGAAGGAGGUGGGCCGGGGACGAUCGCCGGAGCCGUUGGAUUUCUUCAUCUGGACUGUUGAGGCUAUAGUUGGGGAAAAAAUAGCUAGGAGAUUCAGGAAUGCGGAAUCUGUCAUAUCGCGUUCUCCCUUUGAUGAUCCUUGUCUUCAGAUUUUGCUCCCUUUGAUGAUCCUUGUCUUCAGAUUUUGCUUCUGCUCUGGAGUAGAGAGUUACGAAAUCCUACGUUUUAACCAGGAUGUUGGAUUAUGGCUGGAAGAAAUAAACCUUGGUGGCUACAGACAAGUAUUUGAAGAAAAUGGUGUGAAUGGGGAAUAUCUGGAAAGCUUGUCCAUGUUUACUACUGAACAGAUUCUGCGGUUUAUCAGGCGGUGCCAUAUGAAAUGGGGAGACUUUAUCACACUGUGUAAAGAGUUGAGGCGCAUUAAAGUCGCCUGCCUGAAGGGUGAGCAAGAAGUCCGGCGGCCAUGGUGGGCACCAUCAUGCCUCUCUGUGGUGUUUGUGAGGGCGGCCAAGCAGAACAGGAAGUCUCGGGUUGUCUCCUUGAAGCUGGAACCCUGAUGCUCGUGAAGCACCUUGAAUCAUGGCCUGCACUCUUCUCCUCGAGCUCCAUUGCGGGGAGCCUGCGCGCACACCAUCGUGCGCUAGUUCUAAGUGGUCCAAGAGCUGUUUUGGCGUGAGAGCAAUAUGCUCUACUAUGUACAACUAGUCUCGUAUCCUCUGCUGUUCUUCAUAUAUAGGUUUGGAAUAGUAACCUGAUGUAGACAGAGAAAGAAACAUAUGUUGUGCAGAUGGUCCCGGUAAGAUCUGCUGCCUAAGUUUUUUCCUGAGUUGUUAUGCAUUUGCAGCGCUAAGAAUUGGCCUGGAUCUUCGUUACUAGAUUUGCAGUCCUGAUAUUGCCGAGGGUUUUUCUAUGUUACUUAGAAAAUCAUUAUCGUAGGCAAAAUGCAUUGUACGUAUGAGAUGAAACAAUUUAGUUAUAAAAAAAAGUUUUUCUACA